AAGAUCGAAUCCAAGCUCCAGACGCUUCCAUUGGUGCGGAAACUCUCUGCGGACCCAGCCUACACUGCGUACCGCGCAUGGCAGGGGGUGGACUCUAACGUGUUGGAAUCGUCGAUGGUGGGCGGCACGCUCUCGGUCCCCGGUGGAUUUGCCGUGAAGCCAGUCAUCUUCAUCAACGAAAAGACCUGCGAAUCGGUCACGGUGGUGCAUGUGGGCAGAAGGUUGUGCGGGUAUCCAUUCUUAGUCCACGGCGGGAUUUUGGCAACCAUUCUAGACGAGGCGUUCAAAAAGACCGCAGCGGUUUUGAGAUUUGACGGGGACAAGGCAAAGGUCAAGACGGAUAAGUUGACCUUGAGCUACAAGUUUCCAACUCUCGCCGAUCAGUUCAUUGUCGUGAAGGCCAACUUGGCUGGGGACGAAACGGGGGAGCUUACCAUCAAGGGUGUGGUGGAGAAUAUCAGGGGUAGGCCGCUUGUGAAGGGUGAACUUGAAUUCAAGAGCCCUGCAUUGGUCGCCAAAAUCUCCAAGAAAUGGUAUUUU